UUUUGCAAGCAGUUUAAUAUUAACGUAUAAAACUUAUUUAGCGUUUUAUUUAUGGUACUGUAUUAGUAUGGCACCCUGUAGAAAGGUUUAAGAACUUUCAAAACGAUACGUACAGACGCGGUUGUGUCUCCUGACUCUGGGUAUCCAGAGCAGAGGCUGGACAAGUCCUGAAGGAAGAAGCAGCUUGGUUGACCGACAGAGGCAGGACAAGCUCUCUCCACGGUGUCACAGACGCUCACCUCACGCCGUAACACGUCAAGCUGGAGAAGGUCGUCACGUCGGAGAUGAAGACACAUGUCACUCCAGCUGUGAGUCGUAGUCUGGGCAGUGUGCAGGACAACUGACAGCUACGGUGCAGUCAGCUACCGACACAGCUUCAAAGACGGCAUCGCCAGCAUUCUCACACCAAGGGUUUACCAGAGGGCUGUUGGGACCGCUGUUGGGGGCUCUAUUAGGAGUACAUCCAGGGGAAGUACGACAGACCUUUCGAAAGUGUCCUCCGGCUUCGACGAGCAGUCAGAAAAUGUUCAGACAAGUUGACGAGGCAUUUAGGAGAGGCAUUGCCGAAUACCUGUCCCAGCUGCAGCAACAAUUCCACCAGCUGAGCGAGCCGGCCCUCCAGCACCUGGCCUCCUCCUACCACUCCCUCCACUCCCUCCUCACCUCCCCCGACUCUCCGCUCGUGACCAGCCUUCAGAGGGAGAUCAGGACUACCAUGCAGAGUGUGCUGCAGGGAGUGGGUGAGAGUGUGAGGGGUGUGGUCAGGGAGGAAAUUGACUCCGCCCUCCAGAAACACGCCCACUCCAUCAGCCCUGAGGCCCGUGCCAUGGAAGAGAGAGCUCGUAAAGAAGAGAUUCAGCGCCUGGUGCAGUCUCAGGAGUUGAACCGAGCCUUCGAGACGGCUCUCUCGACCUCCGACCUCUCCCUCGUCCUCUACCUGUGCCAGCAGGUGACCCCCGAGGACGUAUUUGACAAGACCCCCUGCCCCCUCUCCCAGCCCGUCCUCCUCUCCCUCGUCCAGCAGCUCUCCGUGGACCUCUCUGAACACGUGGACCUCAAGCUAAGGUUUCUGGAGGCCUCGGUUCUGGGGCUGGACGUAAACAAUGACAUCACCAAGAGUCACAGACCCAAGUCUGCGAACUCUGACCAGCAGCUAGGCGGGCGGAGCAGGCCAAUCGCUCCGUCCCCAACUCUGCGGCUCUCCUCCGCUCUGUGAGGAGGCUGAGAAUGGUGACCGAGAGUCUGUGCCCGCCAAUUAACUAGCCCAGCAAGUACAAUUCCCUACUCCACAUUAUUCCAAAGUCAUAUUUACUGCGAGAAAGCAAAACUGCCAAAUAUCCAAAUUCAUUUCUGUAUAUUAAAACGGGCAUUCACAUCCUUUACAUGUGUUAUGUUUUGUUCAGCCAAGUAUUCGCUGCAUUUAACUUUUCUUGACAAAAUGAUUUUGUGUGUGUAUAUUCAUUUGCUGUUAGCAGAGAAAUGCACAUUUUUGGAAUGUCAUUUGUUGUGCAGCCACUAUUAUAGGUGCAUUUAACCAUUUUCAUGAUUCACAAAUUUUCUGUACAUGUUAACAUAAUUAUUCAGACAAACAUAAUGAUGUGAUACUAUUCACGUCGGCGCGAGUCAAAGCAAAGCAGUGUAGAAUGCGUGUGUUGUCAGGUAGAGCACCUCCAUAAGCAGUCUCCGUCAUCUCCGCGCGCGCGACGCGCUCUCCUUCCUCCCUCUCCUCUUCACUCGCUCUCUCUAUUUUAUCUCCUUGGCUCUCGACCGUCUCCUCAAUCACUGGUUGUUUCUGUUUUGUGUUCUCCCUAUCCUCGCCAGACGUAGUCCCUCCUCCAAACAGCUCUGACUUCAUAUCAGCAAACCGUCCUGAACCGGCACUGCUAACAGCUGUGACUGUUGACGCUGACGGUGGUGGUGACUUGGUAGAGGAGGGUCCAGUAGAGGAGGAGGAAGAGGAGGGUUUAGAAGUGGAGGCAGUGUGGGUGGGAGAUGAGUAUUCGAAUUUUUUCUUCAGAUCCAGUGCGAGUUUUGCAACGUCGGUCUCCAUGGACCUGAAGACCACGCCCCCACAGGCCUCCACAACAGCAUCUCCAUCCCUCUCCUGGAAGGCAUCGCACAACCUCUCCAUGGCCGGCCGCUCAUCGCUCUCCAGGAACCCUGGAAUCCUGACACACAAACACACACACACACACACACAUCUCACAGUGUAUUAGAGGCUUCUAGU